AUGUCUGAUUCUCAGAGUCGCCAAUCGGCACGUGGCCGGGUAUCUGCCCGCGGUGGCCGUGGUGGACACAGCUCCCGAGGUGGUCGAGUUGGUCGCGCUGGAAAUACCGAUAGCUCAGAGCUCACAUCCUUCGAUGAUAGUGAACUCGGUCAAAUGAAAAAAAAAUACGCCGAUGCUCUUCCUACUCUUCGAGAGUUGUUUUCGGACUGGAAAGACGAGGAUCUUGUGUUUGCACUUGAAGACUCGAAUGGCUCGCUCGAAGAUGCAAUUGAGCGCAUCACUGAAGGCAAUGUGUCGCAGUGGGGUGAGGUCAAGAAGAAGACCGCAGCAGACCGAGACCGAGCUCGCACCAAGGCCAAGGAAGCCCAGAGCAUCCCGGCCGAAUCGACUACAUCCUCCAUUCGUGGAGGUCGUGGUCGCGGUGGAUUUGAGGGUCGUGGUCGCGCCCGUGGAGACCGGGGUCGUGGCGGUCGAGGUGGCCGCGCAGGUGCCCAAGCUAACGGAACUCGUACCGUAUCUAGCACCACAGACGCCUGGGGCGCUGCAACUGAAUCCACUCCGUCUAAGUCUGAAUGGCCAACAGAAGCUGCUUCCGAGCCUGUGACCGAAGAUGCGUCAGAGUCUACCGAGCCCAAGAGCAGUGUGAUCCCCGAGGGUACAAAGAAGGGAUGGGCAAGCCUCUUCGCCGCACCCCCGGCUCCUCCUCCCCAGAAGAAAGCUCCCGUCGCCGCCCCCGUCCCGGUCCCUGUUGAGAAACCUACUGAGGAGCCUAUUGAGAAACCUAUUGAGUUGCCAGUGGAGGUCAAGGAACCCGAGCCCGUCCCCGAGCCUGUUGUUCAGAAGACUCCCGUCGUGACCCCGGCCGUUCCUAUUCCUGCCGUUCCCAUCGCUAGCACACCGAAAGAUGAUUUGACCCAGACUAAUCUCGAUCAAAUUCCCGACAUGUCCGCUCCUGCACCCACUGCAACUGCGGCAAGCACUAUCGGAAGUGUUAUUGACCCCGCAGCGGUGUCGACUCCUUCGCGUGUUGCCCAGUCUGGUCUCCCCGGAAGCGCAUACCGACAGGGAACCCGUGUUGGUGGUUUCCGUCGCGUGAUGGAGCAGCAACAGGCUGUGGUUAUGCCAGGAAACCAUGCCGUGGACCGUGCCGCGGUCCAAUUUGGUAGUAUGGGACUGAACGGUGACUCCGUGGAUAUCGACGAGAACCGUGAGGAGGCCGAGACUCGUGCUCAACCUCCUCAGCACUCCCCUGUUGCACCCCGAGCUGCUCUUCCUCCCAGCCAGGUGGCUGCAGAGGCCGCUGGCGCACGCCCUGCCCCCGGCUUGCCCCCAGUUCCCCAGCCAUCUGCCAAUGAGUCCUUCUCUGACUACUCUCGCUAUUCAGAGGCUCAGAAACCCUAUGAUCCGUUCAACCCCCAGGCUAGCCAGCUCCAAGCCCAGAUUCAGGAACCCUUUGCCAACCAGGCUCCUGCUCAGUCUGUUGCCUCCACUGGCAGCGAAUACCCUCCUUUCUAUGCUGCUGAUCAACAACGCUUCCCCUACAACUACUACGGAGGCUACGGACAGUCUCAGGACGCUGGCGCUCCUCGGGCUGCUCCUGGAUUCGGCGUGUCUGGUGCUGAAGCCCAGCCUCUCCCCACUGGCCAAGCUCCCAGCCGCUACGGACCUGUUGAUACCACUAAUAGCGGUCACAAUACUCCCAACCCCACCCUCCCGGGUGCCACCCAGACUCCUGCCACCCAGCACAUGCAGGGUCAGAAUGCUGGAUAUGGCUACCCCUACAACCCUUACUACAACAACCCUCAAUACGCUAGCUACAUGCAGCAGGUUAACGCGGCUCAGCAGCACUCGUAUGGACGUAACCGUCCUGCGUACGACGAUGUUCGCCGGUACGAUGAGCAGCAGCAGCAGAUCCAGCAACAGCACCAGCAGCAGGGACAGGCUCAACAGGGCCACUACGGCAUGCCCCAGGCUAACCAGUACGGUUAUGGUAGCCAGUAUGGUGGUCCCUAUGGUGGUAAGGCUGGUGGUAUGUAUGGUCAGCCCAACACCUUCUCUUACGACCACACUUCUUCUCCCGGAAACGCUGCUGCUAGCUUCACUCCUGGCGGUCGUGACUCUGUUUAUGGCCGCACCAGCUCGACCCAGCCCUCGGACACUCAGCCGUCAGCUGCAGGCGCCACUGCCUUUGGCUCUGGCAUGUCGGAUGUUUUCGGCCGUUCCCAGGCUGGCUUUGGCCAGAACCCCCCUGUCACCCAGCAGCCUCCUGUGACCGCUGAUGAGACCAAGGGCUUCGAGGCCCCCAAGACUGGUGGACCCAGCCCUUCCCUUGCUCAGGCUAACCGCCCCGGUUCCGCUACCAACAGCGGUCCUGGCCAGCCCCAGGCUCAGACCGGCCUUCCCCCUCUGCAGGGACAGCAAGGUCAGCAGGGCCAGCAGGGAUUCGGUGGCUACGGCCACUUGAACCCCCAAUACGGCAGUGGUAGCCUAGGUGGUCUCAGUGGCCACCAGGGCGGAGCCUCUCAGACUGGCUACGCGAACUAUGGUGCCGGAUUCGGUAACUACUAUGGCAACAGUGGACGUGGUGGUUGGGGCAACAACUACGGCCACUAG